GAAUCUAGAGAACUAUUUUUGUUAGAUCGUAACAAAAAUGUGUGUAAUGAUGACUCCCAGUUUAAGUAUGCGAUCGAUCUUCUAAAAACUGAUUUGAAAGAUGCCCUAGAACUUUCUAUUAAGCUGUUUGAAGAUCUUAUAAGCAAAACAAAGGAUAAUGAAAUAAAAAAGGACAGUAUGUUUUUCAUGGCGGUCGCGUAUACAAAAAUUAGAGAGAAUGAGAAAGCUUUAAAAUGCUGUGAUAAUGUUCUGGCUGUUCAACCCAAUAACCAUCAAGCUCUUAAGCUUAAAAAAGAAAUCGAAAAAAGACGUGACAGAGAUGGUAUGGUUGGGCUCGCCUUGGCUGCUGGAGCUACGGUGGUCGGAAUUUCUGCUAUAGUCGCCCUGGCAGUCGGUUUGGCCAAGAAAAAAUAA